AUGGCAUCCUACCCUUGCUCAGCGUGUAGCUGGACCCAUGAACGCCAAAAGCAUUGCAACUACGAAAGCCAUGUCAAACUGUUCUAUGAAGCCGGUGACCGUGGCGUCUGGUCGUUGGGUUCGAACUUGAUUCUCAAAGACCGAGGAGCUAGCCUCCCGACGUCUGAAGUGCCGAACAUUCUCUUUAUCCAGGAAACGACAUCUAUCCCUGUUCCCACUGUGGUCGAAUCAUGGGAGGAAGGCCAACACACUCUGAUCCUUAUGAAACGGAUCCCCGGGGAGCCUCUCAGCAGAGUUUGGCACAACCUUUCUGCCGAUGAAAAAGAAAGCAUAGCCAAGCAAACAGCUGAGUAUCUGGCGCAGCUUCGCAAGCUACAGUCCGAUCGGAUUCAAGCGCUUGGUGGCUGUCCCGUCUAUUCCAACUUUCUGUUCAAACAUCAACGCUCCGAGGUACCCCACGGUCCUCUAGCUUCUGAUGACGAGCUCUGGGCUGACAUGGAGCGUGGACUGGGAGAGAGUAUACCCGAGGCUGUGCGGAUACGACUCCGAGAGCGCAUGCCGUCUGCUGCGCCCUACACAUUUACCCACGGCGACCUCACUAACGUAAAUAUCAUGGUUGAGAGCGGAUCUGUCACCGGUAUCAUUGACUGGGAGAUGUCCGGAUACUUUCCGGUAUGGUGGGAGUAUGUUUGCACCUCGGUCGCCGAUAGUGAGGAAGACAGAGAGUGGAAGUCUUUGUUGAGAAAACAUAUGCCCGAUCAUAGUGCUGCUCGUGAGUUCUGGCUGGAUUAUUACUAUCUCUGCAGGGAUCCAGGCAGUGGAAGGGCGAUGAAGGUCAUCGAGGAAACAUGUACGGAAUAG